CUCUCCAGCUGAGCCGGCCAGACAAGCGCCCAACAAGCGGAGGAAAAGGAAGAUGUCUGGUGGCAGCAACAUGAGCGCUGGAGGGGGAAACAACAACAGCAAGAAGAAGAGUCCUGCUAACAACUUCCCUCUCUCCACACAGGUACCUGUAAGCAUCCCAUCUACAUAACCUUUGAGGGGGAGGGGUUUAAGGCAGGUUUGUGGGAGGUGGGGGAAGGCAGGAUAUGGGGUUGAGAGGAAGAAGGGUGGAGGUGGGGCCUUUUGGGUUUAGGAUCAGAUUGGGGAAGUAGGCUAUGGGUAUUGGGGAAUGGUGGAAGUGUAUUAUGUUUAUGAUGCCAAAGACUCCCUGUCUGACAUGAGCCAGUGCUGGGCAGUCCCUGGUCCUCUGGCCUAUGGGUCACACACAUACAGGAGGUAGACAUUACCACUGGUCCUGGAUCAGAUACUAUAUCACCCCUCUAAAUGUUAAAGUUAGGAGUGGAGAUGCACCAAUCUGAUUCUAGGUCUGUGGUUAGGGGUAACUUUUACCUAGAGCAGGUGAGAGGCAUGCCGCUCAAUCCGCUUCAUCGUCCAACGAACUUAAAACCAGCUACUACCACUGUGCCUAUAAAAACUUAGAAUUCACAGACAGCUUAGGUGCUAUUGGUUGGUUAAGUGAGCCAAUGAGACCCGAGGUGGAAUGAAAACCCCCAUGAUGCAGCACUCAAGGAUCAGGGCUGCCCACCGCUGACCAAUGGGGGAAGGGCAAUACUACCCAAAUCCCUGGAACAGAGGCUGGCAUUGGGCCUGUUGUAGAUGGUGUUGAAUAUUUGGGCUGUGUGCCUGAAACCCAGAGCUAUGUCUGGUUGUGAGUGGGGUGAGCAUGGAUGGACACAGUCACUGAAGAUCAGACACUGAAACAUGAGUUAUCCUUAUUUUCAUAGGUACCGAAAAGCUUUAUUUUAAAAUGUCCAUAUCAUUUUAGGCCUUCAAGGACCUAAAGGUUAUGUAAAAUAUUAAUCUUAAAAAUUAUGGUGUCAUCUAGCCCAAAAUCCACCAUUACGAGUAACGACGGUAGUCCCAGCCCCAUCCAUCCCAUUUUCGAAGUCCUUUGGGAUCGUCCAUGCUCGGUUCUCCCCCGUGGUUAUGGGGAUAAUGUUCCGGCCCUUGCUGUCCCUCUCUAGGACGUGAUGAUGGUGGGCGAGCCCACUCUGAUGGGAGGGGAGUUCGGAGACGAGGAUGAGCGUCUGAUCACGCGGCUGGAGAACGGCCAGUUCGACACGGCCAACGGAGCGGGGGGCCUGGAGGAUGAGGACAGUUUUGGUAGCUCCCCCGCUCUGGGGGGCGCACACUCCCCCUGGAACAACAACAAGACGCCCAACAGCCAGGACAGCAAGAACGACGCACAGUAGAGCCACAACCAUAAACCGUAACUCACCACCCAGAUACGCUACUCAUCUAGCUGCAAAAUGAAUCCCACGCACGCUCUCUCUCGCACAUGCUCAGUGGUGGUCAACCCCGGCCCUCUUCUCCUCCUGGCUCCCCUUGCUCAUCAGCUAUAUUCCUGACUCUGUUCUGUUAGUGUGUGUGUGCCUGUGCUUACUGGUCAGUGUUUGAGACAGAGCUGGGUUCGGCCUUUUAUGAUCACAGUGCUAGCCAUGGUGGCCAUUUUGCUGGCGGACAUAUUGGCGGGUUCUUGUUCCAACCUCGGGUCUCUGGGUUUGUUGCCUUGACAACGUACCUCUAUUUCUGUUGUGCUCACCUCACAGGGAAGGAAUACCUAGCUUUAUUUAUUAUCUCUUAGAUUUUAGCAGAGUAAAACGUAUUGUGUGCACUACAGCAUAAAUCCAACGUUCAGUUUUUAAAAACUAAAUUAUUUGUUUUGUAGGACCUGGUUGGAACAAAAACCUGUACACUGCCGGAGCUUGAGGACGGGAGUUGAGAACCACUACGCUAAACCUAAAACAUACGCACACACGCACCCAACACAUACACACACAACUCUCGCUCGCACGCGCACUCACGCACACACACACACACACACACACACACAGACACUCUGAGGUACUGGAGAGAGGUCCAACUUCCCCACCUGGACCAGAGCACCAGGCCAUACAGAAGUGGGUUUUAAUUUUCUAUGUUUUUAGUUUGAUUUACAUUUUUUAUUUUUAUAUCAAUUUCUAAAAAUGAAACGGACAAGCAAACAAAUAAAACAAAAAAACACCCCAGAAUAUUCUUUCGACUGUUUUCCACUAACUUCAAUCUAUUUUUCUUAUGAAUUGCUGGUGUAUUUUCUUUUUAUUAUGGCUUAUAUAAAGAAAUUGUAAAGCAUCAGAAACCUGUGACGGUAGAGGAGAAUCUACGGUAUAUAACUAUAAAUAUUACUGUUAGAUCAUUUGUAUUGUCAUUAAGAUUACUACAUCUAUGUAAUAUUGUAUUGUCUAUGCCUGAUGCAGUAUGUCGCCUGUCAGUGUCAGACAUGGUUAUGAUGUUAUAACGAAUCCCAGUGAUUCUUACCUGAAGGGAAAAGCCACCUCUUUAAUGUCCAAGCCUUAAAUGGCACCCUAUUCCCUAUGUAGUGAACUACUUUUGACAAUGACCCAAAGGG